UUUUCUUUCAUGUCGCGCAUCGUGCGAAGCAGUUAAGCAAAGGUCAGAAGUUGAGCAAUCGGUCCGCUUAUCGGUGCAAACACCGCUUGCGACGUGUGUGCAGCGCGAUGGACAACGGAGAGAGGUUGAUGAAUCCUUUUGCCGGAGAUGCGAUUGUCCUCACGAAAAUCCUCGCUUUCUCGACAUCGCUGCGUCGUUCGCGGUCCACGAACAGGGAUGAGAGCUCUUGCACUGGCGAGCAAAACUUCCGGAAUACUUGGAUAAACGUAAAAGAAGAGGAGUGCGCUUAGAGGGGACCGGAUUUGAGUAAGCGCGGUAGUAGUGUCGGUGGCGAGGGAGUAAGAGUUAGGAACAUGCCGUGGGGCACGACAGAGGAAGAACGGGGAGGACGGGGCGAACAACAACGGCCGGGAGAAAGAGAGAUGGGUAGAUAGAUAGCGUGAGGAAGGGUAAGGGGGAGGAGAACGAGAAUACGCAUAGCAUGGGGUGUGGUGGUACGCGCAGGGGGAGAGCCAGCGGCCGGAGUCGGGCCAGGCCGGGAGAAAAAGAGGAUGAGCUCUCGUCGGUGUACGCGCGUAACGUACGACGGUGGGAGUCGCGUAAGAAGAGUGAAGAAGAGCUCGAAGGGAGUCCCUCGCCGAAGGAGGCACGCGGCGCCACGGUGGGUACCGACGCGACGACUCGGUUGCGACUAUAAGUAAGUCUCGCGCGGCGCGCCGCGGCUUAAUGCCGUUGCCGCGUCCGUGGCGCCAAGAGGAAGGCCAUUGGCGACGACGAUAAGCUUCCUUCGAACGUCCCCACGGCAGCAAAGGAGACGGCAGAGCAACAGAAAAAGAGAGAGAGGGAGCCGCGGUGAACUUAUAUUCCGUAGGAUGGUGCGAAUCGGCGACAGUACAGAUAACACGUGGCUGUCAGUCGUUGCUGCUGCUGCUGCUGCUGCUGUGUCGGUUCCUCCUGCCAGUGUUGAUCAGUGAUCGGGUAGCAGUGUCCGAAUAACAUACCAACGCGCGACAAACUCCAGACUGUCCGCCGCGCUAUGCGACAUCGUGUCAACGUCCGUGUACAUUAAUUUGAGGAACGAUCGCAGGAUUAAAUCUCGAUCAUUCGUGCGCGCACAGUGCGCCGAGUGACGAGGACGAGGACACUUGGAGGAGGAAAAGGUGACUGCGCGGAGGGUGCACUGCUCACGAGCCCCCCCCGCGUCGCGAGGACGUUGUUGUUUUCCGCGCGUGAUCGCGCAUCGAUAGAGUCGCACCGAUAAUCGAGUCGCAAUCGCACGGUUGUAAACAGAGUGACAGUGACAUGUCUGGAAUUCUGUACACGCUGUUGGGCCUUGCGGCCAGCACGAGCCUCCACUGCGCCGUGCGUCGCGAAAUCAGCCCGUGCACCUGCCGACAAGAGGAGUUCACCAGUCCCGUUAUCAACCAGGCGCAGACAGCGGCGGUGACGGUAGCCGCGUCCGCCGGUGGGGCCGUCAACGCGAACAACAAUGCUGGCGGAGUCGGUGGUGGCGGCGGCGGUGGUGGCGGUCAUCACCUGGGGGAACGUAUCGAAGUGCUAUGCGAGAAGAUGAAAUCGUUCGAUCAACUGGCCGAGGCGUUGAGCGGCAAAUUCACCCCCGAGCAGCAGAUCACCCUGCGAGUCGCACACUCGAAUCUGCGCGACAUAUCGCGUCACGAUUUCAAGGAGCUGCGUAUGUCCAUCACGCGGCUUGAGCUGAAUCACGAUCACCUGGGGGUCGUAGACGGUGACGUUUUUGCCGGUCUCGGUCGGACGCAGUACUUGAGCCUUGCGGACAACGAAGUGCCAUCGAUACCGAGACACAUCCUGUCGCAUCUCUCGCUGCUGAGAACCCUGGACCUCAGCAGGAAUCGGAUAAGCCGUAUCGAUCCGGAUGACUUCAAGUACAAUCCGACGCUUCAGCAUUUGGCCAUGGCAGGAAAUGCGAUCUCCGAGAUGACCCCGGGCUCGCUGCCGCCUCUGGUAAAGCACUUGCACGUCGGCAGGAAUCAUCUGAAAAGCCUGAAUCGUACUCUAAGAGAUCUAAAUCAACUCGAGUGGUUGCUCAUUAAUUCUAACGAGCUCACGUCACUCGACGGCGAGCUACCGUCGUCCGGCCACAAUCUCAAGAUGCUUUACGCCGUGGACAACAAAUUGACGCAUCUCCCGGCCGAGUUUCGACAUCUCCACCGUCUCGAGACCCUCUUUCUCCAACACAACAAAAUCCGAAAUCUCGAAGGCACUCUGCAAAAAGCCAGGCGCCUCAAGUUUUUGGAGCUCUCGUACAACGAGCUGCAAGAGCUGAACGCGGACGAUUUCCUAGAGGCCGAAAUGUUGGAGGACCUCGAACUCGGGCACAACUCCCUCAAGUCUCUCGGUGGCGCGGACGGCGAUGGGAAUGGAAGUAGUUCCCUUUAUCCCCUUAGAUCGUUGAAAUGCCUCAACUUUACGCACAACGAACUGCGCGAGUUCUCCUUAGCCUCUCUGCGUGGUCUGCGUGAGCUAAGACUGCUUGAUCUGUCGAAUAACCGGAUCGCUAAACUGCACCGGGGAAGACCAUCCUCCGAGAACCUGGUCGAGGAGGAGGGUGAGGAAAUUGCGGGCAGCAACAUUCAGGAUUUACGUCUUCAGCACAACGAACUGCGCAGUUUGGACGGCUCGCUGUUCCUAGGCAUGAAGGAGCUGCAGAGGCUCAAUCUCAGCCACAAUGCUCUGGGCCCCACAAUUGGACCGCGUGAUCUGCGAGGUCUCGACAGUCUCCGUGUGCUUGACAUCUCGCACAAUCAGCUCACUACUCUUGAAGACACAUCUGAGACGUGGUUACCGUCGUUGGAGGAACUGAGAGCGUCGCACAAUCGCCUGGUCACGCUGUCCGGCCGAGAUUUUCGCGGUUUUCCGGUGCUCUGCUGGGCCGACAUCAGCAUGAAUCAAAUACGUACUCUUAUGCCGGAGCUGGUGGCCAAUACGCGAUGCACGAUUCACGGAGUCCCCGAUGUGCUACGUAUAUACCUUCAAGAUAAUCCCGUGCUGUGCGAUGCCGGGCUAGCCGACUUGAUCGUCGCGCUCGAGGUAAAUCACGCCAAGGUUUACGGGGUCGGCAGCGAUUGUCCAACCACAACGACGACGUCAACGUCGACGCCGACGCCGACGCCAUCGCCGUCGCUGUCGCCGCCGUCACCGCCGCCACAACCGGUCGAGCUGACCUCGACGGUACCGCCGGCGCCGUUGCCGCCGACGCUGCUGUUGGCGGCCGCGUCCAGCGGCAACGUAUCCUUUGCUGCCACCCUCGAGUAAACGGAUGCACCGCUGUCUCGGCAUGUAGUGGCUCUUUGAGAAUAAUCGAGCAUGAAUGGGAGAGGGAGACGCGACGGUGGAAAGGAAGAUCCGGCGUGGAGAACAUUCGCGCGCUGUAGAGAAAGGACCCCCGCGAUAAAAAAAACUCGCGGAACCGAAUGACGAGUCGGACGAGACGGCGGGGAAGGCGCGGACACCACCAAAGUACGAGUGAAAACGAACCUCGAGCACGGACACGCCGUCUCUUUGGACAUCCACUUAGUAAUACGUAUCGCGUGUAUGUUAUAUGUAUCGUGCGUAAUGUGUAAUGGGCUCGAUGAUGUUCCGAGCUCUCUCUCUCUCUCUCUCUCUCUCUCUCUCCUCUCU